AUGUUUUCUGCGAGCUCUCUCCUCCACUUCGCCGCCGAACUCGCCGAUGUGCUUCACGUCCGCCUAGAUCCAACUCCCCCGGAAGACGCACAGUUCGCUCGUCCUUCCCAGCGCCCGCCGCAUGCGUCUCUGACUUCCUCUGCUCCACGCGCGUCUCCGCAGGUUCAGCACUUCCCUUCAGCCUCCUCUUGCUCCGCCUCUUCGCAGGUCCCCGCGCACGCGCUGCGCGCAGAGACGAGGCCGCAGGGGCGACAGACUGACUCGGACGCGGAGUUCAGCCGCGAAGGAGGACGGCGCCUGGUGCAGCGCCACAAGCUCGCUGCGUCUCCCCCCGCCGAGGUCCUGGGAGACAACGCGGCGUUCCCCGUCGCUGCUGCAGGGCGAGAAGAGACUCGACAGCGCGACGCAGCUGUUCGUCCGCUUUCUCUGCGUUUCGCCUCUGAACGCGGCGCAGAGGACAUUCGCGACCGAUCGGGCGGUGCGCUCUUCGGCCAGAGGCAGAAGCAGGGGAUCGUCGCUGUCGCUCCUCAGCUCGGCUCCCAGCGGCGGGUGUCCUCCCCGCGGGGGGUCCGAGUCAGCGCCUCCAUGCUUUUUUCUUCGUCUCCCAAUUCCUCGCCUUCUUGUUCUGCUGCUGCUUCGCGCGCUGCGUUUUCGCGGCCUCGCGUGAGAGAAGCCGCUAUGGGCUCUGAGCACUCAACGGCUGCAGCGGCCGCACCCUCCUCCGAAGGGGCGGUCGGCGACCCCGCUAGCGAGACUUCUCCUUCGCUCUCCUCCUGCCCUGCUUCGGCUUCUCUUGCGGCGUCUCCGCCCGACCCGCCGCCGUCUCUCGCCUCGCUGGAGCGCGGCGACAGUCGGCGGGCGCCUCGGGGGGGGGAGCCGCGCGAAGAGAGAAACCGGAGGGAGAGGCGGAGACAGAGCUCAGACGAAGGCGGCGAGGACCUAGGGCUGAGGCCCGAGUCGCCCGCGCCGCCCUCGCCCGCGCCGCCCUCGCCCGCGCCGCCCUCGCCCGCGCCGCCCUCGCCCGCGCCGCCCUCGCCCGCGCCGCCCUCGCCCUCGUCGCGCCUUGGGGGGUCCCCUUCGCUCUCGCCGCACGCGGGCGCGGGUCGCGGCGGCGUCUCGCCGAUUUCUCAGGGGCUGUCCCCCACGGAGGCGCCUGAGGCUGCCCAGGCCGCCUCGGCGUCCCUCGCGCAGCGCACCUCGUCGCCGCCGUCUCGCGCGGCGACCGGCUCUCUGCAGCACGCCGGAGCCGCGCUGCCUCGCAUCUCGGUCACUUCGUCCGGCGAGGGCGGGGGGAUGUACGCUCGGUCCGCGGCGGUGACGUUGCCUCCGCACUUUCUGUUUCAGCCGGGAAGCAUCCGCGAGGCGAUUUUGCAGCCCGGCGCUGUGCCCGAGUCCCUUCGUGAGAGGAGCUUGUCGCUGUCGUCGUCGUCCGUUGAGGAGGCGCAGUUCGCGACCGACAGCCGCCGAGAAGGCGAGAAACUCGAGCGCCAGGAUGAAGCAGAGGACGAGGAAAAUGACGCAUUCGCGGCUGCCCAGCCUCUGCCGAGGAGAGGCGGCGCUCAGGGGGAACCCGGGACGCGCGCGAAGGAGCCGCAGGACAGACUCACCUCGCUCUCCUCAUCUUCGCCGUCAAACGAAGAGGCGUGUACCGCGCGCCGCGCGAGCUUGACGCAGCAACUCUCUGCCUUCUCAGGUCUUCUCACGCCGCACCCGGGGGAGAUGGCAGCGGCCAGCGAAGAGGAAGGCCGCGUGGGGAACGCGCGAAGGACCGAUUCGAGACACGAAGACAAGGGCGACGGCGACGAAAAGGCGCGCGACCGGCGGUCCUCGUGGAUGCUGCUGCAGGGAGAGGAAGAGCGCCAUCGAGAGCAUCUGAGCCGCAGAGGUACCGGCCUGCUGGACUUUUGGCACGAGGAGCAGGAGCGGCAGGACGAGCGCUUUGCUCUCGAGAGAGGCGAGGCGCGCUGUCUCUACUUCGCGAAGGAUGUUUUCGUCCCUGGAGUUCUCAAGCUCGAGAGGGAGGCUUUAAAGUUCACCAAGUUCUCCGCGGCGGCGCGACGCGGCGGCAGCAGCCCCAGGGGGGCGCCCUUCCUGUGCGUCAGCUUGACAGACAUCGUGGAAUGCGCGUGCGUCUGCCCGCCGUCGCUCGAGGACGCGGGCGCGGAGUUCGCCGCUUCGCCGCGGCAGGGGCGCGAGGGUCGCGCGGCCGAAUGCGGAGGAGCUGGAGACAGCCCGCGAGCCCGCGACGGCGCGUGGAAGCCAGACGGCAGCGCCCGGCCUCCGCCGCAGCCGACGGUGUAUAUACAGCUGCUGGUGGCCACGCUGGACGCUCCCGCGGACUUUGACAAGAAGAGCGGCGCGCGAGGAGAACUGGGGAAGGUGGAGCGGGCGGACGCGGAGCAGACGAAGGCGGAGCUGCCGCAGUUCGGAGACCUGGCGGCGGCGGAGACGGAGCUGCCGGCGAAGGACGAGGGUGGAGAGAAAGGGGGCGAGCACGCGCCGCCGCCAGCAGGGGAAGCAAUCGUGGAAAAGCGAGCGGAAGACGCUGUGCAGGACGGAGGCGCGAAGCCGGCUGCGGGGGAGGGAAGCCAGAAGGACAGCCACGCGACGCUGGCUGUCGGCAAAGGGCCUGUGGGCCUUCCACCGCCGUCGACCUACGCGACGCCUUGCUCGUCGCCGCUCUCUCCUCUCUCCUCGUACGCUUCCUCUGAACAGCUCAUCGUCCCUGCGCCCGCUUCUUCGUCUGCAUCCUCCGCGGGCGCUUCCGCGUCUCUCGCAGAGCACAGCUUUGCGGCGCCUGGAGAUAGCGCCGGCGCCGCGCCGCCCGUUCCCUCCAGGCCGCCACAGCUGCCCUCUGGGUCGCAGACGAGUUCGACGCCGCUUGACUCGCCGGCGCUGACGAACCACGCAUACGAGCAACGGCCGAGCGAGGCGGUGCCUUCGCUCUUCGCGUUGCCGUCUGCUUCGCAGGAGUUGGGGGGGACGCCCGAUGCCCCCCCGGCGCCCUCAGGCCUUCCGACCGCGGCAGCGCGACCCUCUGCGGCGAGUGCGGCAGUUUCGCAGCCACCCGAGGUGCCUCUCUUCGCCUCUUCAGUCGAUCACCAGAUGCCGCCUCCGUCCUCCCCUGCUCUCUCGGCAUCCUCGGGGUCUUCUGGGGGCAGCGAGGAGAGGCCGCGGCGACGAGCGUCUUUGGCGGUGCCGCCGCCGGCCUUCCUGGCGGCGUCCGCCACUUCGUCGCCGCUUUUCCCUCAGUCUCCCGCUAUCUCCGCGUCGUCGCACCCCUCCGGCGGGGAGGAAAUGAUGCAUUUGCCUUCGCUGGUUCGCGCGCCGUCCUCGCCUUCGUCGCGCUCGGCUGCGUCCGCGCACACGCCCACACGUGCAGAAGACGAUGCGUCGUCGUCGGGCUUGCCUGGCGUCUCGCAGCGCACCUCGUCCUUCUCGCUGUCGCCCGUGCGGCUGCUGUCUCGCAGCGCCUGGGGCCUGGCUGACAUGUGGUCCAAGUGGAAGAGAUUGCCGUCGACCGCAGGUGUCUCCGAGGAGGAGACUCCUCCGCUAGCUGGCCUCCAGGGCGCUGGCGCCGGAGACGCGCCCGGCGACAGGAGCCGGAGCCGGGGCGGACACGCCGGCGACUCGAGAAGACUGAGCGGCGGAGACAGGGGCCUCGAAGGGGAUGGGGCUGGAGAGCAAGGCCUCUCGCCGCUCGCGCGAACCGACAGGAAGGAAAUCCGCUCAAAACACAAGACACGCACACACCCUCAUCCUGCCUCGGUGGAGUUGUUGACUCGUUCGCGCGUGACGUUUAUGUUUUUCAAAGGCGGAUUCGCGCGCGUCUCGCCUUCGUGUUUUCGAGCUUUCGGGUUGCCGACGGCGCGUGCCUGGCUGUGCAGCAGCGGAGGGGACAAGUUGAAUUUCGUCCUCUUUGGAUUCUUUAAUAAGGAACUCGCCCAGGCCUUCACGCGGGCGAUUAUCAACCUCAUCGACCAAUGCCAGGCAGAGCAUCAGCACUUCAGAGUCGUUCCGACGCACAUUCCUUUCAACUCAAACCUCCUUGUGCGCCGUUGGGCGGCGGAGUUCGCGCGUUCGGCGGCGUUUCGCGAGGAUGACGAUCUCGCUGAGCUGAGCUCCAGGUCGGCGUCGCUUCACAGCUGCGGCAGCCUGAGCAGCGACGACGACUUGAUUGAGGCAGAGGGCGACCUGCCUUCGGCGCUGGCGGCCUCAGUGGAUCUUCGCGCGCGUCUGGCGUCCGCGGAGUUCUCUUCGAAGGACGCGGUGGCGCGGCCGUCUUCGCUUGCACGCGCCUGCUCGCGGCGGCGGUUUUCUUCGCUCUCUACGCACUCGCCUUCGGCGCGCGCGGACUCACGUCCGCUGCCGCGGCGCCGCAGCAACUCGGGCUCGUCGACAGCCGGAGGGGCUGCUGAGCUUCCGCAGCGCGAGACGACCUCGGUUUUGCCGGGGUCCUCGCCGUCAUUCUUCUCGCACUUCCUCGUCGGAGGACGGCAUUCCAUCCGCUCGUCCAGCUGUGCGCGCACAGACUCCAAGGCGGGCUACAAGGCGCGCGCUGGCAGCUUCUUGUUCGACGCCGAGGAGGGGACUGGAGACAUCGUCUGCGCCGGUGAACCCGAGCAGGAAGAAAUGAUGCGGCCGCAGUCCUUCGGGCGAGGGUCCACGCUGACUAUCCCCGUGCCAGACUUUGAAAUCCCAGAAGGCGCGCCUGCGCUGCUCACGAAAAACAUCGUCUCGCAACUCGCUGUUCACCUUCCCCUGAUGCUGACGAUGCGAACCUGGUCGCUCGCCUUCUGUCACAAGCUCCACGGGAUUUCUCUGAACACCUUCUACCGCAAGUGCUCGAACAAAGGACCGUGCCUGCUCUUCCUGCAAGACGCGCGAGGCGUCCUCUUUGGGGCGUUCCUGGAUGAAAUCCACGAGUCCUCGAAGUAUUACGGCUCAGCGGAGACGUUCGUCUUCACCUUCAAAGGCGCCGACGGCAAGAUGGAUGCCGAGAAUCCGGCGAUCCACGUGUACCGAUGGAGCAAACUGAACAGCUACUUCAUCUACACAGAUCACGAGGUGAUAGGCGUCGGCGGCGGCGGCCACUACGCGAUCACAGUCGACAAAGAUCUGCUUCGCGGGUGUUCGUCGUGCUGCCUGACUUUCAACUCGCCCGUCUUGGCGAGCUCCGAGGACUUCAUCGUCAAGGGGUUCCAGGUGUGGACGUUCGAGGACUACUAG